UUGGCAACCAUUCCGCCGCUGAACUUGGCGUCUGGACUCGCGGGGCUCGGCUAGUUAGUAAGAGAUGCAGGUGCGCUUUGGACGGCGCUCGGGGCAGACGAAGGAAAGCACAGGGAUGAAGAGCUCUGAAAAAGAUGAAAUUCCCUAUCCACCUCUGCUACCUAGCAAGGUAGAUCUCCGCCAGGUCACCAUAAUUCCACAUGCUGAGUGGGAAAGGAUUCGGGAUAGCCUUGACAGGCUGACAAGAGAGGCAGCAGCCCUUCGUACAGAAAGAAUAUCGAAGAAAAAGAUGCAUGUCCAGUCCCAGGAACUGGUAAAGCACUGGACUAACACAUACGCAGGAAUGAAAGAACAGAAACUUAAAGCCAAGCAAAAGCGUGAUGAAGAGAUUGAGGCUGAAAGACAAAUUCUUGAUUUGGAGGAAGAAAUAUACAAACAAGGAGAAAGAAAGAAGGCCAUUGAAAAUGCAAAGCAGUAUCAGUUUUACCAAACAGAAAGAGUGAAAAGCUUUCAUUCAGGACUUCUUCUCAGUAGAGUUAUGAAAGAACGUGAUGCUCAGAUUCAGUUCAAAAAGAAUUCAGUAAAAUCAGACAAAAAAUGGGAGGAACAAGUGAAACUCGAUGUUGAAAAAGCUGUUAAAGAAGAACAAGAGAAAGAGGAAAAACGGCGCAGAAAAAGAUUUGCUCUUGCUGAAGAUCAUCUGAAACAAAUAAAGCAACGUGAAGAGGAAGAAGAAAACAGGAAAAAAAAUGAAGAAAAAGAUGCUGAGGAGAUAAAGCGGCAGAAUUUGCUGUAUGACAUAGAAAUGAAGAAAAAACAAAGCAAGAAACAGGAAGAGAUAGAUGAAAGCAGGAAACUGUUUCUUGACCAUAUGCAUGAUAAAAACAUCAUCCGAGCUGUAGAACAGCAACAGCAAGAGGAGGAAGAUGAAAAGAUCAGAAAGUUUAUCAGAGCCAAAAAACGUCUCACACAAAUGAGGAAAGACAAGGAAGCUGAAACACAAAGGCUGAUGGAAGAACGGAGAGAAAGAAUAAAUAACGUCCUAAGUGAACUAAUGAAAGAAAAACUUGAUAAUGAAGAUUUGAUUAUUGCUAGAGAUAUGGCUGAAGCCGAGGCUGAACUGGAGAGAAGAGAAAAAGAAAAAUAUGAAAAAAACAAAGCAGAGCUGAAAGCCAUUGCAGAUCAUAGAGCCUCUGUGAUGAAAAAUAAAGAAGAAGAAGAAAGACAAAGACAAAUAGAUUCCAAAGAACAGUUGCUGGCUAUCUUGAAAGCAGACAAGAUUUUCCAGGGGCUUGAAAAAGAGAAAAAGCUCAAAGCUAACAAAGAGCUACGAGAAAUUCAAGAUGCUCAUGUUCAGCAAAUGGCCAAAAAUAAAUUUAAUGCAAAACAAUCAAAAGAAGAAGAAUUAGGCUACUGGAGCCUUACUGAAGCCCUUGCAGCUGAGAAGGAGAAAGAAUUUCAGAAGUACGCCAGAGAAGUAAUUGAAUCUGAAUCUAAAUCAACAAAGAAAUAUACUUACCCUCUGGUAAGAGCUGUACAGGAAGGAGUGGGAGGUGGACGUGGACCACCCUGUGUAGGCAGAGGUGGGAUCCGACCAAGUUAUCAGGCAAAAGAUGCCACUGGUGUCCAGCUCCCUUUUUAUAACUCUCAAGGAUCAAAGUAUAAUGAUUUUCAGAAGUCAAAGAAAAGGCUAGGUUUUACUUGGUAAAAAAGUUUAUUUUUAUGAUUGAUAAAAUUUAUGGUAGCAAGUAUGUGCUACAAAUAUAAUGUAAUUUCUGAUAAUAAAGCUACUCAUCUCU